AUUUUCGUUUAUACAUAUUCGCCAAAACCACCACCACUUUCUCAUCUUCCUUCUCUUCUCUCAGUCGCUUUGUUUGAAACAAGAGUUUAACAUGAGACGAAACUGCAACUUGGAACUUGGCCUUCUUCCUUCUAGUUACACCGGCGACAUGAUGGAAGAAAGCCCAGAAAACCAUCAGCAACAGCUAACAAUCUUUUACAAUGGAAGAGUUUGCGUUUGUGAUGUUACAGAGCUUCAUGCGAUAGCCAUUCUAAUGCUAGCAAACCGGGAAAUGGAUGAAACAAUAAAAACUCCGACGGGAUUGGAACCGCCGUCGCCCACGUUAAAAUCUCUUGUAAAUAGCCCGAGCACGGCACUUGCCAUGAAGAGAUCGCUUCAACGUUUCCUCCAAAAACGAAAGAUGCGAAUCCAAGCUACCUCUCCUUACCAUUAUUAUAAAUAGAUCAUCCCCAAUGCCUUCCAAUUUAAUUUGUUAAAUUUAAGGAACUGAACUAUUUUUUCCUGGCUAGCAAUUAUUUCCCCUCUUUUUUUGUUUUUAAUUUAUGUAUGAAUUACGAUA